UCUUUCUAGGCCUAUUACCUGAGCUUUUCCGCCGAAUUUUUACCUCCACCCGGAUUAUGCUGAGGAUAUACUUACCUGUUGAUAGAAGUAGCUAUUGUUGCGCGUGGAGUUGCUUGGCUUCUUGUCGCGACGACCAGAUUGUGACAUCGAACUACACCUCCUCUUUCGAUCUCGAGCGAUUGUCCAAAAUAUAAUUCCAGUUUCCCCGCCGGCGAACACAAUCCUACGUUACUUGUCCUGUGGAAGCUGGUUUUGAGCGUUGCUAUCUCGAUAUCCCGAUCUCUGCGUGUCAGAGAACGUACAUAGCCCUCCCCCCUUCCCUGUUACCCAAUUGAAGACCCUCGGUGCCGCCUGCCUGGUCUGAGCGAUUCCCUCCAUAUUCCGUCAACGUGGCUACGCUUACGAUCUCCCCGCCCGGAAUGGGGGCGGCUUUUGACGCACUUAGUAUGCAACAAUCCUUAGGGCAACGAAGACCGGCCUCUGCAACCCUCCCCAGCUUUGAACUCCCCAACCCCCAGGCCCAGCAGUCGUCCCAGCCGAAACAUCCACUGCAUUCGAGUGUAAACGCAGGGCAGCCUUCCAUAGGCGGUGUAAAAGUCGGAAAUCUUUUAACCCCACCAGAGAACUCAACAUCGGAUACUCCUGGCCAAGUUCAGCCAUAUUCACAAGCUUACUGGCCAACGGCCUCAUACAGUCUUGCUCCUGGUCGCAAUACUUCACACUCAUCAGCGAUGCCGGACAGCCUAGCACCAUCUUACGGUCAAAACGCCGUGUAUCCUUCUCCGCUUUCUCCCUCGCCAGCACUCUCUGCUUCCUCAGCUCAGCAACAAGCUCACGACCAGCAGCAGCCACAAUCUCAAAGCCAGCAACCACCACAGCACCCUCCUCAAUCACACCAACCUCCAAUGGCCCAGAGCUACACGAACCCAACCAGCGGGCCUAUCCAACCGCAAUCUGCAUCCCAGGCAAACCAUCUUGAUCCUUAUGGGCAAAAAUAUGCUUAUGGAGGUUCACAACAUUCCCCAACUCCAUCAAACUACAACCUUUUCCAGAGUGGGCCGUCUUCAGUACACCCCUCAAGCUCCAGUGCAUCAUCUGCAAGGGUGCCCGGAAUGCCAGUCCCUUAUCCUCUCGAUACUCAACAGCCGCUACCACAAUUUACACGUCCGUACCCGUCCUACUCGCUUCCGGCUAUGAACGGCCCCGUUAUGAGCAACAUCCAUAGCCCUAACAAUCAAAUGGCGCUAAUAGGCUCCAUGCAACCCAACCUUCUUCCUGGCUUCAGUAGCGGUCAUGCUGCUAGUUUACAUCAUGUGUACAGCGGGCAUCCCCAUCCGCACGCACAUCACUUUAAUAGUCUUGUUCCACCCCCACAAAAUGACCGACCAUUCAGAUGUGAUCUGUGCCCACAAAGCUUCAAUAGAAAUCAUGACUUGAAACGACAUAAGAGGAUACAUCUGGCUGUAAAGCCAUUCCCGUGCCAUCAUUGUGACAAGAGCUUCUCUAGAAAGGAUGCCCUCAAGAGACACAUUCUUGUGAAAGGCUGUGGCAAAGACCCUGCAUCCGACACAAGUACCUCUUCAAGCACAACCAGGUCAACUUCAGCAUCAGUUGUGGGUACAGCUGUGAAAAAGUGAAGAAAUGUGCAACGCUAUGUUUCUAUUGUUAGACCAUGUCAUCGCGAUAAUAACACGGUUAACGCUGAUAAAAAUUCAAUCCACCCGAUAUCCGUUUAGCGAAGAAAUUUCUUUUGUCUUUUGAUUCCUCCACCAAUAUCGAUUUCAUAAUUUGAUUCCCCAACGUGGUUUAUAUGAUUGCUAUGAUCCGCAUUUCUGUUAAUUUUGUGCCCGCAGCAAUAAUUUCUUUUAAUUUUAUGUCCCUACUUCUUGCUGCUAUACCUUUUUUUUCUGGGCGGAGAAGUUUACAGAUGCACCCAUUCGCAUAUGUCUUUUGACAAGGGAGUUGUUGCGUUGUGAAAGAUGUGCUUUUAUCAGGUGUGUCCCCUUUUUGGGUAUCCUAUCUAGCUUCGUCCUUGUUGGCUCCCUGUUGAGCUAGUUUUCUGGGUGCUCUAAAACAGUUUUAUUCAUAUUUCUCUAUUACCUAAUUUUAAUUUUAUUCUUCUUUUCUAAUU